AUGUCUGCUGCUGGAUACGAUAGACAUAUCACAAUCUUUUCGCCCGAGGGCCGUCUUUACCAGGUCGAAUAUGCAUUCAAAGCUACAAACCAAACCAACCUUAAUUCGAUGGCCAUCAGAGGCAAGGACUGUUGCGUAGUGAUAAAUCAAAAGAAGGUGCCUGAUAAGUUGCUAGAGUCCUCAUCGAUGUCAUAUAUGUUCCCAAUCUCGAACCAUAUCGGAAUGGUGGCCAAUGGCCCCAUUCCUGACGCCAGAAACGCGGCGCUAAGAGCUAAGGCAGAAGCAGCAGAAUUUCGCUACAAAUACGGCUACGACAUGCCAACAGACGUACUGGCAAAGCGGAUGGCAAACCUGUCACAAAUUUACACUCAAAGGGCAUACAUGAGACCUCUGGGAGUCAUAUUGACAUUUGUAUCUGUGGACGAAGAGCUAGGGCCUUCAAUCUACAAGUGCGACCCAGCUGGUUAUUAUGUUGCGUACAAGGCCACAGCUACGGGACCCAAGCAGCAAGAGUUGACCAGCGCUCUCGAGAAAUUUUUCAAAAAACGCAAGGUUGACUACGUCGAGGAAGACUCUUAUGAAAAAGUCGUAGAACUAGGAAUCACACAGAUGAUCGACGCUUUAGGCACGGACUUCGGGAAAAACGACCUCGAAAUAGGUGUUGCUCUUAAAGACACCUUCAUUUGUCUGACGCCUGAUCAGAUCGAAGAAAGGCUCGUUGCCAUUGCAGAACAAGAUUGA